AUGCUACUGACGCGCAACAAUCUCCUCCUGGCAGCAUUUGCGGCUUUCAUUGCAUGGGGACUUGCGGUUCAAUCGUUCCCUGUCCUGCGCUUCAUCGGAUACGCCUUCACGCUCGGUGCCGUAUCAACGGUAGUGUUACUGGCUGCGGCUACUCUGCUCAUCUCGCGACGGCCUCGGCCUGCACCGACCGCCGCGCAACUCGCCAAUAAGCCGCUGUUUCUAACUCCGGCGCAAUGGCGCACCGAGGCGGCAGCUGCGAAGCGGCGGGACCAAUAUCAGCCGCUCGACCUGUACACUUCCUCGUUCGUGGUCUCACAAGCAAUCGAUACGCUGUUGGGCUUCGCGCUGCGAGACUUCGUGUCUGCUUGGUAUCGUAAUAUCACAACCAGUCCUGCGUUCGUCAACGACAUCGAUAAGAAGAUCCGGCUGGCGAUACAAGAACUACUUGCGAGACUGGCCAGUGAAGAUAUUGUUAAUGUCGUGGUCACGAAGAUUGUACCAAUCUUCAAUGCUCACAUGCGUGACUUUGAUCAGGCGGAACGUCUAGUCAAGGGCAGGUCACUGAAUCGCAGCAUCACCGAAUCCGAAGAGCUCGAUCUGGCAAUCGCUGCGAAAUACAAGGAUGGCAAAUUACACCCUGCUGCGUCGCUGUCGUUCUCAGACACCAAGUCAAUCGAACAAGAUCAUCUCCGCAAACUAGUGGUGCGGAUCCUACCAGAAUUGGUGUCGGAAGAUGUCCUAGGCAGUCGCGCAGCCUUAGUGCUCGUCAAAGAAAUCAUCGCAUGUGCGGUGCUCCUUCCCAUCGUGCAAUUGCUCAAAGAUCCGGACACUUGGAACCAGGUCGUCGAGAACUACGGACGGUCCGCUCUGCAGGACCGCAAAACAGUGCGGCGGAUGCGAGCCGCCCUCGAUGAACAUACCGCCUCACCAGGCAAGGCUCGGACAGAGGCUGACUUUCCUCGGCUGGGUCCGCAUGACAGCGAACGCGCCUUUGAACGGUUUGUUCGAGCCAUUAGGAAGGCAAAGAACCUGUCUGAUGCUCGCCGCUUCCGCAGCCAGGUCGCUAGCCAGCUCAAGCGCGAAAGUAUGGUAGAGGGUCAGGAUCCAGUCUAUUUGCGACGCCUUGAGAUGGGGAAGCGUGUCCUGGACCAGAAAAUCACGAAGCUGGCACUGUCAACCGGAGCUUUGCCUGGCACGCCUUUGUCGGGCGAGCCACGCAAAAGCUUGGACUCGUCCAAACCACAAACAAGAGAGCUGACUCUUGUCGAAAUCAUGCAUACAGCAUCAGGGCUGUCUUAUUUUAUGGAGUUCAUGGACCGGCAGCAGCUCAUGACGUUGGUGCAGUUCUGGAUAGUCGUUGAUGGGUUUCGAAAUCCGUUGGAGGAUGACUUCGGCGAUGACCCGAUUGGUGUCUCAACAGCGCCUUCGUGGACAGACGCUGACCGGACCGACAUUGCUCGGAUUUCGGAAGCAUACAUGGCCAAGGCGGAAAUCGACGUUCCUACUGAAUCGAAGCAAGCCAUCAGGAGCUUUCUUGUGGCUGGCCGGAAGGCAACACAGGCACAGUACAGAGAAGCGCGAAUGGCGAUCUUAUCUACGCAGUCGGCCGUGCUCGAGCAGCUUCAGACCAAUCACUACCCGUCUUUCAAGAAGUCCGACCUCUACUACAAGUUCUUGGCGACUGACGAUGCAAGGAUCACCAGUCCAGAUCAAGGAGCUGGUUUCGAUCUCCUUGAUAUCCCACAAUCGCUGUCUCCUGUGAAGGCAGUCAAGCCUGCUCCUACGCAGCCUUGA